ACUGACUCAACUAGGAUACAGACAGACGGGUAGGAGGAGAGAGAGAGAGACACUAGAAAGGAGGGAGAGGAGGGGUAGCUACAAUGUGAGAGUAUCAGACUCUCAAAAGAGCAUAUCUGAGGAUUGGCUCCGCAUGCAGGAGUCUCGCGCAGCUGGAAUUGCCCGCGGAUAUAUUAUCGGAAAGCCGGAUAACCUGAGGAUCUGAGGAGAAGUCGCCAAACAUUGUGUUGAACGUUGGGGUUAAGUGCGUCUCCCAUUCCCGUUUGCCAUUAUGGGAGGGAUAGAUCGGCAGCGGAGGGUAUCCCUGGCUCUUACCUUGAACUUCCUCGCGCUGAUUCUAGCCGUGUCUGCGUUGACUACCAGCUACUGGUGCGAGGGGACACGGAAAGUUGCAAAACCUUUCUGUACCGGACCGGUCACCACGAAACAGUCGUUCUGUAUCAGGUUCAACAGCUCGAACAUUAACGACAGCAGACUGGUCCAGUACAUCUGGGAGUCCGGCGAGGACAAGUACAUUAUGAGGAAGUUCCACACCGGGAUCUGGUUUUCGUGCGAGGAGAACGUCAAUAUGACAGGUGAAAUCUGCAGAAGUUUCAUUUAUGUCACACCCUCACAUGAAAGAGGAGUGCUGUGGCUGUGUAUCGUUUCAGAAUGUCUGUAUAUUCUCCUCCUGGCCACCGGAGGCAUCCUCAUGUCCAUAGAGGCGUGUCACUUAGGAAACGUCAUCGACGGCCUCAAACUCAACGCCUUUGCUGCCAUAUUCACUGUCCUGUCAGGUCUACUCGGCAUGGUGGCCCACAUGAUGUUCACUACAGCCUUCCAGCUGACAGUCAGUGUGGGGCCAGAGGACUGGAAGCCUCAGACAUGGGACUACAGCUGGUCAUACAUCCUGGCGUGGAGCUCGUUCACAGCCUGCAUGGCCUCCUCAGUAACCAUCAUCAACCGCUACACCAAGACCAUCCUGGAGUUCAAACACAAGCGCAGGAACAUCGAGAAGAACCUGAAGAUCAAGCAGAAGCUUCUGGAGCUGGAGUCUGGACCAGGGGUUGGGGUGGGACAAGUUGGACAUGUGGAACAGGUGUGGGACAUGUACAUCAGCUCAGUACCCAGCUCAGGCUGCACAGCAGAGGAAUUGCUGGACUUGUCCAGUAAUGGAAGGAAGCUGUCCAAUGCUUCAGUGUUUCUGGACCUGAAUGACCUGCCGGAUCCGCAAAGAGAGGAGUACUGCUGAGGAGGGAACUAGGGGACUGAUCAAGGCACGCACAAGUACGCAUAUACACACAAACAAAAACACAUAGAAACAAAUGAUUUUCGUCAUGCAUUGCCACCCAAUUUACAAACCAAAUAGCAUUAGCAACUGUGACUUCAUGUUAGAGGAAAUCCAACUCCAAGUUUCCCUGACGUUCCAAGCUGAGGUAGAGAUGGGUUGAGGAUGAGAGAAAUGAAUAGCAGAGGAUGCAGUAAUACAUGGUAGAAAUGGAAAGGCAGAGAGGAGAAAUGGAUAGAGGAGAGAUGGAUAAAGGAUGAUUUCAGGAAAAAAAGUGUGUGUGUGUGUGUGUGUGUGUGUGUGUGUAUACACACACCGUGCCUUCAGAAAGUAUUCAUACCCCUUGACUUUUUGUGUUACAGCCGGAAUAAAUAUUUUUCAACCAUCUACAUACAAUACCCAAUUAUGACAAAGUGAAAACAUGCAUUAAGAAAUGUUUACAAAUGUAUUGAAAAUGAAAUACAGAAAUAUCUCAUUUACAUAAGUAUUUAUACCCCUGAGUCAAUAUUUUGUAGGAUCACCUUUGGCAGCGAUUACAGCUGUGAGUCUUUUUGGGUAGGACUCUAAGAGCUUUCAAUACCUGGAUUGGGAAAAAUGUUCCAAUUAUUAUUUUUUAAAUUCUUCAAGCUCUGUCAAAUUGGUUGUUGAGCAUUGCUAUACAACCAUUUUCAUGUCUUGACAUAGAGUUUCAAGUAGAUUUAAGUCAAAACUGUAACUCGGCCACUCAGGAAC